AUGGCGAGAACAAAGGCACCUUCCCACCUGCUGAGCUUGGUCGAGUCGGAUUCGGACGACGAUCUAGGAGUGUUUCGCGGCAAGACAACCGUGGACGCAGCAAAGGCGAAGGCGGCGGCAACAAACACAAAGGCAGCGUCCGCAUCCAUUCGCGACAUGCCGCCAGCAAAGCGAGGCCGGCCCCCGGCGACGGCGGCAGCAACGAGCAAGGUCACAAAGGCAGCGCAAAAGACGGCCGCGACGCGUCGUGCCGGUGAACGACGAGGAGCAGCAGCGAAACCAACAACGGUAGCACGGAGCCAGCGCGUGCUCGCUGACAAGACCAACGAGAUGGCCGUCGAGCCAGCCGAGCCGACGACAGCAGCACCAGCCAAGGCACGCGGGCGACCAGGGCGCAAGGCCGCAGCACCUGCGGUCACAGACGUGGUGGCGUCCGAAGUAGACAUGGAGCGAGAGGCAGAGGCAGAAGAUGCACCGGCUGUGCCAAAGAAGCGCGGUCGAGGGAGGCCCAAGGUGACGACAAACGAGAACGACGACCAGCAGGCCGCGAAGCCGGCCAAGUGGGGACGACGAUCGGUUGCAUCCACUGUUGACGGCGAUGUUUCGACGGCAACGGACGGCGAUGAGACGGCCGACAUGGACGAAAACACCGCAGCCACCAACACGGAGCUGACCGACACAAUGGAGAUUGAGCCGACCGAGCCCGCGAGCGUCGAUGCGAGCAGCGUGUUCCAGUCGCCACAGCGCCACAGCCGGCCGCACGCGCCAGCACCAUCCUACGCGCGGCAUGCGCGCGGCGCUUCGACGACAACCGGUGGUUCGGAUGACGCGUCGGUGCGCCGGCGGUUGGGCGAGCUGACGAAGAAAUACGACGCUCUCGAGGCACGGUAUCGCGACCUCAAAGAGAUUGGUGUCAAGGAGGCUGAGCGCAACUUUGACCGGCUCAAGAAGCAAGGCGACGACCGAGCCAAAGCAUCCAACGACCUGAUUGCGAGCCUCAAGGCCGAACUGGCGUCGUUCCGCGAACUGACCAAGGAUGGCGCCAAGGUCCGGCGGGACUGGGAGGCCAGCGAGGCCCGUGCAGCGGAUCUGCAGGCCCAGGUGGGCGAGCUCAAGAAGGCGCUCGACGACGCCAAGGCGGCAUCCAAGACGCUGUCCACGAAACUGGCCGCCGCACGCACAGCCGCCGAGAUGCCGGCGCUGCCGGCCGGCAUGGCGGUGCCGGGAAGCGCGAUCAAGGCGUCGUCCAAGGCGUCGUCGGCGCCCGCCAACGCGCGGGCCGCCGUCGAGGCCAUGCAGGCUAACAGCCAGAUGGCGCAGCUCAAGGAAGACCUGUACGGCGACCUGACGGGUCUGCUGGUGCGCUCGGCCGUGCGCCAGGGUGGCCGCGAGAUGUACGACUGCAUCCAGACGGGGCGCAACGGCAGCCUGCACUUUAAGCUCUGCAUCGACGAGGACGAUGCAGGCGAUGGCGCGGCCGGUGACGACAGCGCGCAGUUUGUGUACACGCCGCAGCUCGACGACCGCCGCGAUGCCGCUCUCAUUGAGCAGCUGCCGGACUACCUCGUCGAGGAGAUCUCGUUCCCGCGCCUGCAGGCUGCCAAGUUCUACAAGCGUGUCAUGCAGGCCCUGACGGAGGACCAAUAG